AUGUCCACCUCCACUAGUCUCACAAUCCCAGUCCUCAUCUUCCUCGCCAACAUGACUCCCCUUGGAGUCCUCGCCUCCUCCCCACCCCUUCUCCCGACACCCCCUAUGGGUUUUAACAACUGGGCCCGGUUCAUGUGCGACCUCAACGAAACCCUCUUCACCCAAACGGCCGACACCAUGAGCGCCAACGGCCUCCUCGCCGCCGGCUACAACUGGAUCAACCUCGACGACUGCUGGAUGACGAAGACCCGUACCCCGAACGGCUCCUUACAAUGGAACUCGACGCUCUUCCCACACGGAAUCCCCUGGCUCGGCGAAUACGUCAAGGCGCAAGGCUUCCGCUUCGGCAUCUACGAAGACGCGGGCAAUCUCACCUGCGGCGGAUACCCCGGGUCAUUGGGCCACGAGUUGCAAGACGCCCAGACCUUCGCAUCCUGGGGAAUCGAGUACCUCAAACUAGACGGAUGCAACGUCUUCCCCGCGGGGACAAAAGGCCGGAAAACUCUACAAGACGAAUAUAAACACCUCUACGGACUCUGGCAUGACAUUCUCACGGGGCUCGAACAACCCAUGAUUUUCUCGGAAUCCGCCCCCGCGUACUUCGCAAACAAUCCAACCCUCUCGGACUGGUAUACCGUUAUGUCCUGGGUGCCCGAGUACGGGGACCUGGCGCGGCACUCGACCGACAUCCUGGUCUACGCGGGGAACGGUAGCGCAUGGGCCAGCGUGAUGGAGAAUUACGAGUUUAAUACGCGAUUGGCGAGAUACCAACGUCCUGGGUAUUACAAUGAUCCGGACUUUCUAAUCGCCGAUCAUCCCGGGUUGAGUUUGGAUGAGAAACGAUCGCAGUUUGCGCUGUGGGCGUCGUUUGGUGCGCCCUUGAUUAUAAGCGCGUAUGUGCCGGAUUUGACGAGUGAUGAGUUGGCGUAUUUGUUGCAUGCCGGGUUGAUUGAGAUUGAUCAGGACGGGAUGGUGCAGCAGGCGACGCUAGCGGGGAGGGACGGAGUGGUGGAUGUGCUGACGAGGAGUUUGGAGGGGGGAGAUCGCGUGGUGACGGUUUUGAAUCGGGGGGAUGAGAAGGAGAAGAGGAGGGUGUCGGUGGAGGUGCUGGGGUUGGAGAGAGAUUGUGUAUAUGAGGCCGUGGGGGUGUGGGAUGGGACAGAAGUGAAAGUGCGGGAGUUUGUGGAGGUGGAAGUGGCAUCGCAUGCGACGGAGGUUUAUCGAUUGCGGGUGCCUAAGGACUGCAGAGAGGUCAUUCCAACGGGCAUUGUGUUCAAUACAGCAUCAGGGAAGUGUUUAACUGGGAAUGAACAUGGAAAGGUGACAUUUGAAGCGUGCAAGGGAGAGGAAACCCAGGGCUGGCAGGCUCAUACAUCUGGACAGUUGCGGCCGCUGGCGCGGCUGGACAGGUGCUUGAGUAGCGACGGGAAGUCUCUCUCGCUUGAGUCCUGUGGGGGUGAAGAUCAUCAAAAAUGGUCUUAUGGCAUGUCAGGGAACUUGAAAAACCUGAAGACAGGGAGAUGUCUAACGGAGGGAACGGGGGUCGACAAAUGUGGCGUAGAGUUGGACAAGCAGGUCUUUGGGUUACCGAGUGGUGUGCAAGUGAAAGACAAAGAGUAG